GACCGCGGUCAGUCAUUGCACGAAGCUGAACGCGUUAGCACAUUGCUCCGAUUUGUUGCACGAGUACAAAAAAAUUAAAAGCGAACAUAAUUUCCUGCAAAAAAAAAAAAAAAAACAGUUAUUCAAACCCAGAACGAGGAAGUCGGAAAGUACAGCGACUUGCUUCCCGUAUCACCUACAGGAGCGAGAGAAAGGUUCCUUAUCAGUUGAGUGAAGAAAUUCUGCGUGCAUCGCGCUGUGUCCGUCGGUUGAACUCUUGACCGAAAUCUAGACUAGACAUUUGAUAUUGUGACGUGAAAGGGGGAAAGAAGUCGAAGGAAUUGCAAGUUCUGAUUGACGGGGAUUAUCAGCCUCGAAUCUACAUAAGUGUUUCUAAUCGCGGCUGGAAGAACGAACUGAACUUGAUCUACUAAGAAGAGUGGAGCACGCCGAGCACAAGACUACAGCAGCACAGUACAUGUGUCCGAAGAUUUGUGCAAGGAAGAUUGAGGAAAGUGGUUUACUAGUUCAGUGGAUGCUGGAAGAUCAACCGGAAGGAUGCAUUUGGUGAACGGAACGGGGCUGCUGCUCCCAACGUUAAUGCUGCUGUCGAACUAUAACGAGGAGAGUUUGGUGACGCGAUAUCCGGACAUCAACGAGGAGUAUCGAGCAGACCCCAACAACCCGGUAUGCUACGGAGUGUACGGAUGCUUUCCCAUCACGCCACCCUGGACGGAUGAGCGUCGUCCGAUCGCCCUCUAUCCGGAAACGCCCGCCAAAAUAGACGUCCGCUUCCCGGUGUUCAACCAUAGGGCCCGACACUACCCGAAGUUCAUCAAUCUGGACGACCCGGACUACCUGCACGAGGUAGGAAUCAACCCGGCCGGACGGAUCUACAUCAUCACGCAUGGGUUUCUGGAGUCGGGCAAGGCCAAAUGGGUCGAACGGAUGAUCAACUUGAUUCUGGAUCAGGACGACGAGGGUACGGCGACGUGUAUCGUCAUCGAUUGGGGCGGCGGCUCCAGCCCGCCGUAUAACCAGGCCAGUGCCAACAUUAGGCUGGUGGGAGCUGUGGCUGCCCACAUGAUCCAUCUAAUCGCAGAAGAAUAUCGUUUGAAGAACCUGGACAACGUCCACAUGAUCGGUCACUCCCUUGGGGCGCAUCUCGCCGGCUACACCGGAUUCUACCUUCAGAAAGACUUCAAUAUGAAACUUGGACGAAUCUCCGGUUUGGAUCCCGCCGAGUUGGCGUUCACGGAAACGAAUCCGAUCGUACGGUUGGACGUUACGGAUGCCAAAUACGUGGACAUCGUGCACAGCGAUGCGACGCCCUUUGUUCCGAAGAUCGGAUUAGGUUUGUACGAGCCCAUCGGGCACUUGGACUUCUACCCGAACGGAGGUUUCAACCAGCCCGGGUGCGAUCAGACACUGAGGAAACGCAAGGACGGAAUGUGGAUCUCGAGCAUGUUCCAGUUCUUCAGUUGUAGUCAUGGUCGGGCGAUACAUCUGUUCACCGAGAGCAUCCGUAGCAAGUGCCCGUUUACGGCCAUCACUUGCGAAAGCUAUGAGCAGUUUUUGGCCGGCGACUGCUUCGACUGCGAUCAGGAUGGUCACAUGUGCUUCCGGUUUGGGUUCAAUAGCCACAACAGCUACCGAAGUAUGAUGUCAGCGAACCAGAUGAUCGGCAGCCAGGAAAUUCAGGCGUUCUUCAUCACGGGUUCCGAUGAGCCGUAUUGCCGGACGCACUACAAGGUGCUGAUCAAGAUUUCCGAUACGGAAGAGAGUGUCAUCCACGGAGGAGAGAUUGGAAGAUUCCACUUGAGUAUCUACGGAAGCAAGGGCGAACACUCGGAUAAGAUGGCGUUCACCGAAGAUGCGGAACUCUACGAACCGGGUCGGAAUUACACCCGAGUUCUGGCCGGGACCAGUGUCGGUAAGCCUCGAAGGCUAACCGUAAGUUGGGAAUACAACACCAGUUUCCUGAACCCGCUGACCUGGCGGAUUCUGAACUCUCCGCGGGUCUACAUCGAGUACAUCAUCCUGCAGUCUCUAGAGUACCGGAGUAAGAUCCGGCUCUGUUCGAGCUACAAUAUGCCGGUGACGGACAAUGUGGACAGUUUGUUCACGCAGGAUAAUUGCCGGUACUAUCCGGUCCCACUGGAGCCCGUGGUCAGUUGAAUGGAAUCUCAUGAGGAGGGGUCCGGUGGGUGACCCUUGCACCGCAUCAAUGCAAAUCUACCAGUAAACUGUAUUUAGUCUAAUGCAUAGCCAUGUAAGCAACCAUGUAUUAAUAUUUUAAACAUUGCAAACGUAAACCA